AUGUCGCAAAUUUCCACGGAUCCGCUCCAAGAAGUCUCGGUGACAUCAACAUUAGCAACAAGCUUCACGAUACACACGAGACACGACAAGAUGGCAGAAUACGACCUGCUGCCCCAGCUCGUGGGCCACCUCGACCGACACCUGAUUUUCCCUCUGUUGGAUUUUGCCGCCAACCAAAUCGCCGAAGAUGACGACACGAAGGCCCUCGAGGUCACCAAGGCCAAAUUUGAGCUCUUGAAGACGACCAACAUGAUCGAUUUUAUCGGCAACUUGAAGGCAGAUCUGGAGGGACUGGAUGAGGCGCCCGCAGAAUUUAAUGACUUGCGACAGAAGGUUCUUUCACGACUGGAGCAGUUCGAGCAAGAUACCAGCAAGAUUACCGAUUUGUUGGGUCGCGAAGAUGUCGUCACCAACCUGCGCAGCGACAAGGUUGCCAACUUGGAAUUCCUGAAGAAAGAUCACGAUGUUACCAUAGACAACGUGAACGCGCUCUAUGACUACGGCAACUUCCAGUACAGCUGCGGCAACUACGGUGCUGCCGCUGAGUUGCUAUACCAAUUCCGUGUUCUCUCCACAGACAACGACAAGGUGGCUGCGGCAACGUGGGGAAAGCUUGCAUCCGAGAUUCUGACAACCAACUGGGAAGGCGCGGUCGAGGAGAUUCUGAAGGUCAAGGAGAGCAUCGACACGAAGCUGUUCAAUAACCCCUUGGCUCAGCUCAACAGCCGCACUUGGCUCAUCCACUGGGCCAUGUUCCCUCUCUUCAACGAUGAUUCUACCCGUGAUCAGAUUCUCGACCUUUUCUUCAGCCCGCCCUUCAUCAACACUAUUCAGACCAGCUGCCCCUGGAUUCUGAGAUAUCUCACAGCAGCCGUCAUCACUGGUCGGGGCCGCGCGAGGAACUCAGGCCAAUAUCAGAAGCAGCUCAAGGAUAUCGUGCGCAUCGUGAAGCAGGAGGCGUAUGAGUACACCGACCCCGUGACGGACUUUGUCCGGGCUCUGUACAUCGAUUUCGAUUUCGAGGAUGCUCAACGCCAGCUGACGCUCGCCGAACAGCUUCUCCGUUCCGACUUCUUCCUCUUCUCCACCGCAGAUCUCUUUGUUGAUUCAGCACGGCAUCUGAUCUCGGAGAGCUACUGCAAGAUCCACGCGCGCAUUGACAUCAAGGAUCUUAGCACGCGCUUGGGACUGGGUCAGGAUGAAGGAGAGAAGUGGAUUGUCAACUUGAUCCGCGACACUAGAGUGGAUGCCAAGAUUGACUACAAGGAAGGCACCGUGGUGAUGAACCACCCGCCCAGCAGCGUCUACCAACAAGUUAUCGAGAGAACCAAAGGAGCGUUCUUCAGGACGCAAGUUCUGAGUGCGGCUGUGGCCCGAUAG